UCACUGUGUGAACAACACGUUGCAACCCGCACUCCAUAGCGUCCCCUAACACGUUUUUUGGCCUAUGUUCCACUCCUCACUGUCCCUCCUAUAAAUGCCUCGCUGCAUUUUCCGCCCUACUCUCUACUCCCAUAAUCGCCUCACCUUCGUACACCCGCCCGCACCCAAUCUUUUCCCCGCCAACCCUCGGAUUCCCACUUCCGUCAUGGCCUACCGCCCCAACUUCCAAGGCGGCGGCCGCAGGGGCGCCGCUUCGUCCGCCGGUCGCGGCGGAGGCCGCCGUGGGGGCGGCGGACGCGGUGGAGGAGGAGGCGGCCGCGGUGGACGCGGCGAGCAAAGAUGGUGGGACCCUGUCUGGCGCGCCGAGCGUCUCAGACAACAACAAGCCGAGAAGGAGGUGUUAGAUGAGAAUGAGUGGUGGGAUAAGAUAGAGAAGAUGAAAAGUGGAGGGGAGCAAGAAAUGGUCAUUAAGCGUAACUUUAGUAUUGCAGACCAGAAAACCCUAGCUGAUAUGGCUUACCAGCAUGGACUCUACUUUCAUGCUUAUAGUAAGGGGAAGGCUCUCGUUGUUAGCAAAGUUCCGUUGCCUGAUUAUCGUGCAGAUCUUGAUGAGCGUCAUGGAUCAACACAGAAGGAGAUUAGAAUGUCCACUGACAUUGAGAAGAGAGUAGGAAAUCUUUUGAAUAGCUCACAGUCAGUGCCCCAGGCAGCAACGUCUAGUUUUCCUUCUGUAUCAGCUCAUCUAGGACAUAAACAAUCUGCAACCAUGAUAAAAUCUGUUUCUUCAGAACCGACAGAUUCUUCGAAGGAGAAACUUAGUGUUUCACUCAAGGAAAGGCAGGAACUUGUACAGGCAAGUGAUAGUUUGAAGGAAAUGAAACCAUUUAGGGAGAAGCUUCCUGCGUUUAAAAUGAAGUCCCAGUUUCUGAAAGCUGUUCAAGAAAAUCAGGUAUUGGUAAUUUCAGGAGAGACAGGUUGUGGUAAAACAACACAGUUGCCACAAUUCAUUCUGGAAGAAGAAAUAUCCAGUUUACGUGGAGCUGAUUGCAACAUAAUGUGUACUCAGCCUCGUCGAGUGUCUGCAAUUUCUGUUGCAGCUCGAAUAUCUGCUGAAAGAGGUGAGAGUCUUGGGGAAACAGUUGGGUACCAAAUUCGUCUUGAAUCAAAACGUUCUGCAGAAACACGCCUUCUUUUCUGCACCACUGGUGUAUUACUUCGGCAGUUGGUGCAAGACCCGUACUUGACAGGUGUUAGUCAUUUGCUGGUGGAUGAAAUUCAUGAAAGAGGCAUGAAUGAAGACUUUUUAAUCAUAAUUUUACGUGACCUUCUUCCACGGCGUCCAGAUUUGCGUCUUAUUCUGAUGAGUGCUACUAUUAAUGCUGAUUUAUUCUCUAAAUACUUUGCAAAUGCCCCAACAAUACACAUACCGGGAUUUACUUUCCCUGUGGCAGAGUACUUCCUAGAAGAUGUGUUGGAGAAAACUCGAUACAGCAUCAAGUCAGAUUUUGACAAUUUUGAGGGGAAUUCAAGGAGAAGAAGGAAACAACAGGAUUCAAAGAAGGAUCCCUUGACUGAAAUGUUUGAGGCAUGUAUAUAUUUGACCCAUCAAGCUAUGUAUUUACAAUCUUCAUGAUGUAUAAGAUGCUUUGAAGUAUCAACUUCUUUAUUUUCUCCAUACUUGUGGAAUUAAGACUUAUAGUUAUUUAUCAAAUGAUUUUGUUUCUUGUGUCAAGUAGACUCUUGUAUGUUUUAGGGAUGUCAUAUUAAUGUCAAUUUUGUUCAUACCAUUCUCCCCCUCCAAUACUUUUUC